UCGGCCGCAGAGGCAGUCGAGGGCUUCCCGUUACGGGUAGAGUAGGCAGGGCUCGGCGUGCGGCUUCGCCGGGAAGUCCAAUCAGAACUUGGACCAGAGCUCCUCCUGAGGAUGCUGAAGGGGUUGGUGAUGUUCAAAGAUGUGGCUAUAGAUGUCUCUCAGGAGGAAUGGGAAUGCCUGAACCCUGCACAGAGGAAUUUGUACAAAGAUGUGAUGUUGGAGAACUAUAGCAACUUGCUUUCACUGGGACUUUCUAUUUCUAAGCCGGCUGUGAUCUCUUCAUUGGAGCAAGGGAAGGAGCCCUGGAUGGUUAUGAGGGAAGUGAUAGGAGAACAGAUCCCAGACUUGGUGUCCAAGUGUGAGUCCAAGAAGUUAUCUCCAAAAAGAAACAUUUAUGAGACAGAAUCAUCCCAAUGGGCUAUCAUGGAACCAUUUAAAAGCCAUAGUCCUGAGAAAUCCAUUUUCAGAGAUAUUUGGGCAUGCAAAAGUCAGUUUGAGAGACAACAGGGAAAACAGAAGGGCUAUUUCAGGCAAUUUAUUAUCAACCAUGAACACAUGCCCGUUUUUAGCCAUCAUUGCUCACAACUUAAACAACAUUUGAGAAUUCAUAAAGGUGAAAAACAAUAUGAAUGUAAAGAAUGUGGCAAGGACUUUUAUUAUGGCUCAGAACUUAUUCUACAUCAGAGAAUUCACACUGGUGAGAAACCCAAUGAAUGUAAGGAAUGUGGGAAGGCCUUUAUGCAGCUAUCACAAUUUACUCAACAUCAGAGACUUCAUACUGGUGAAAAACCCUAUGAAUAUAAGCAAUGUGGGAAGGCUUUUAUUUGUGGCUUUCAACUUACUGAACAUCUGCACCUCCAUACUGGUGAGAAACCCUUUGAAUGUAAAGAAUGUGGAAAGACUUUCAAGCAUCGAUCAUCCCCUACCAUACAUCAGAGACUUCAUACUCAUGAGAAACCCUAUGAGUGUAAAGAAUGUGGGAAGGCCUUUAAUUAUGGCUCAGAACUUAUUCUACAUCAGAGAAUUCACACUGGUGAGAAACCUUAUGAGUGUAAGGAAUGUGGGAAGGCAUUUAGGCAGCGAUCACAGCUUACUCAACAUCAGAGACUUCAUACUGGUGAAAAACCCUAUGAAUGUAAGCAAUGUGGGAAGGCUUUUAUUCGUGGCUUUCAACUUACUGAACAUCUGCGACUCCAUACUGGUGAGAAACCCUAUGAAUGUAAAGAAUGUGGAAAGACUUUCAGACAUCGAUCACACCUUACAAUACACCAGAGAAUUCACACUGGUGAGAAACCCUAUGAAUGUAGAGAAUGUGGAAAGGCCUUUAGCUAUCACUCAAGCUUCUCUCACCAUCAGAAAAUUCAUUCUGGCAAAAAACCUUAUGAAUGUAGUGAAUGUGGGAAGGCUUUUUGUGAUGGCUUACAACUUACUCUUCAUCGGAGGAUUCAUACUGGUGAGAAACCCUAUGAGUGUAAGGAAUGUGGGAAGACUUUCAGACAGUGCUCACACCUCAAAAGACAUCAGAUAAUUCACACUGGUGAGAAACCUCAUGAAUGUAUGAUAUGUGGUAAGGCCUUUAAACUUCAUUCACACCUUAUUCAACAUCAGAGAAUUCAUACUGGUGAGAAGCCCUUUGAAUGUAAGGAAUGUGGAAAGACCUUUAGCUAUCAUUCGAGCUUCUCACACCAUCAGAGAAUUCAUUCUGGGAAGAAACCAUAUGAAUGUGGGAAGGCCAUUAAUCAUGGCUUACAAUUUAAUGUACAUCAGACACUUCAUACUGUUGAGACUUCAGUAAAUUUUCCUCUCUCCCCAUCCUAGUCUAGCAUCAUGAAAUUAU